UGACCGUCUUGUGUGUGAUCAUAAAUACCAUUCUACGAGUAAAGUAAAGAUGUCCCGCUUCUUGUUCCUUGCUCUCCUUGUCGUUGGAUUUGUGGCACUCUCUGAUGCCCGUGUGUUGCGCCGGCCCACUUUUCAGAAAAGCCAGCAUAUUGCUGCUAGGACUAUCUCAGAGGCCAUACGCAAGUUCAAAGUAGAACUUGCCACUCACCAAAGUAAGAGGGAAAAGAGGCAGAGCGCCAAUUGCUUCAUUGAUGCUCAACAAACCACUGUUGAUCCUUUCAAAUCUUGCUUGGCUACCUUUGAGGCAUAUCCAAAUGUUACAAGCAGUGAUGUCGCAGGAUUCUGCCGAAACCAUUGUCCACAUGUUAUCCUGACAUUAUUUCAUAAACUGACUGUUGACUGUGGAUCUAACUUUGUUGGACCAGUCAAUCAGACUGCACUGGAUUAUCUCAAUCAAUCUUGCUAUCACGAUCCUCGAGGAAGGUAUUGCAUUAAUGAUUGGAAUGAACUUGAUAGUCUCAUUCCUGAGGAUGAUACUGCUGAUUUUGAUACUUGUAUUAGUGCCUAUCAUCAAGGUCAAUGUUCAUCUGCUUGCAAAACAGCUACUAAAGAUAUCACAAGCAUACUUGGAUGUUGCUAUUAUGAACUUGAUGCUUCCAACCCUGGUCAGCUCAUUCCACCAUCUGCAUUCACUGACUGUGGUUACCGCAAGCCUGUAAAAUGCAUACGCUAGACAGUCAAUUGGAACUUGCUGACAGUUGCUUUUAAAAAAAAUCCUUUUGCUGUUUCUAAUACUGUUAACCCCAUUAUUUUUUCCAGCUAAUUAUGACGUAAUGAU